AUGUACAAAGAUCAGAAUCCGUCCAUCAUCUGCGUCGGCCACAGCCUCGGCGGCUCCCUCGCCAUAGUCAGUGCUUUUGAUAUAGCGAACAGCAGACUGUCCAAGAUCAACGGCAAUGAUCAUAUUCAGGUAUGCGUUGUGGCAUUUGAUUGCCCUAGAGUUGGGAAUCCGGCGUUCAAUGACGCCUUGGAAAAACUGGUGAAGAUAAAUGUUUUAAGAACCAACAAUAUUAAGGACAUUGUCGCCUAUUGGCCGCCGUGUGAUGGCUACAUCGACACCGGUAAAAUUUUGCACAUUAAUUCUGAGGAAUCAGCGUUCUUGAAGAGUAAGCAAGACUACGGAGGAGAUUUGCUUGCAAAAAUAGCUCAGUGGCACUCGCUUCAAGUGAUUCUACACACCGUGAUCGGAUGGAGCACAGAAUUCGACAACGACUCCGAGCUUGUGAAGGCGAGACUGCCGCUGGUGAACAGGUCAGCGGGGCAUUUGAAGGCUGAGCAGAGAGUGCUUGAGGGGUGGUGGGUAGAGAAAAACAAAGGGAUGGUUUACGAUAAGGAAAAGGGCAUAUGGUAUGAGAGACCAGUGCCGUGGAACGAAUAG